GUAUGUGCUAGUUGACAUUCAGUCGUUCUGGUGAUAAAACGUGUUUACAAAUCAAAAUACACAGCUACUAAAAAGAAUUUCCUGUUAUUGUUGCUUUAUGACAUACCCGUGCGCAUACUCGGUUUUUUUUUCGAGAACACAGAUAAAAAAAGAAGAACACACAGCAAAAAUAUGCAUAACAUACCGAGACACAAUUUAUUUUCAAGUAUAUGAUAGUGCUCUAUUUUGGAUGAAUUUUGUGUUAACUCUUUUUGCAUUAAAACUGUGUAUGUGUGUCGGUGUUAUUAUAUAUUAUUAUUUUUUCAUUCACCAGCACAGACUUGAAUGAAGAUCUAUUUUUCGGUUGUUAUUCAAGAACGAACGAAUCGAAAUGUAGAAUUUUAUGCAAUAUCUGAAUUUCAGAAACCUGAAAGGCAAUAAAUGUGUUCACAUUCUAAAAUUAUUCAGAUCAUUUCUGUCGACAACAUUCUGUCAAUUAUUUAUAUCCUCGAAGUGAUGAAAAUCCAAACGAUUCGGUUGUAUAAUUUAUUUGUAUAUUUAUAAGUGAUUUUACGUCGUCGUGAUAAACAGUGCAAAGGAGAAAACAUACGUAGCAUAUCAAAAAAAAAAAAUCAAAUUAUUUUUAUCGGAAACAAAAAAAAACUCUUGAAUAUCGAUUAAAAAAAAUUGCAAUUUUAAAAGUUUGAUUCGAAAGCAGGCUGGAAUUUGACACAUUUUAUUCUCGUCAUAUUCAUUUCUUGGCCAAUCAAACUCGUCUGACAAAGUUCUAAUGCCGAACCGUGACACAGAAAAUGGUGUGAAAGUGACUCAACUCGUUUAGAACAAUUAUAUUAUUGACAACGAUUCAUCGUAAGCUAUACAUAGUACACACUAUGUAUAGAUAUGUAUAUAAAAAAAAUCUUAUCUGAAUCGUAUGCAAAAUAGAAGGGAAUAUAUAGGAUAUGAAACUGUGAAAACUGGAUCGAUCCAAAAGGAAAAUCGAUAGCCGGACUUUUAAAUUAUCAGAAAACCAACAACAAACAUAAAAUUGCAGAGACUGUACAUAAUUAUUUGCGUUGAAAUUAUGCGUGCUUGUGAACAAUUAUAACGAUGCGAUAGCACAUUAAAAAAAGUAGUUGCACUUGUUGUUGUUGUUGUUGUUGGUGGUGUUGGUGGAGAGAGGUGCUGCACGAAAAGUGCAUAACUGUCAAUUUUUAUGUGCGGGCACAAUACGUACACGAUUAAAUUUUCCCAUACAUCGUAUUGUACUCACCGUAAAUCAUUUAUAACCGUUUGUAUAUCUCUCAUUUCGACAAAACACUUGUGCUUAUUUUGUUAAAAAUAUAAAAUCCCGUGUGUGUGUGUGUAUGCUCAUGUGCGUACGUGUCGAAAUGAACUUUGAGCAGUGCAGGAGUAACUACAAAAGAUCUUGAGUAGCACAUUUAACAAUAAGCAGUGGCGUGUAAGAGCGUCUCAGCUUUGAGUUAACUACAAAAACUAAUAUCGAAAUAAAAGACUGACGAAAUUAGCUGUUUUCAGCCGAACAUUGAUAGGAUCUGCAUUUAAAAAAAUAAAACGUCAUCGCAAAAUGUACCAGGAAAUCCAUCACACCCUUAAAUUGUCGAAUUCGAAUCAAUACGAACAAAAGACCAACGCUAAAAUUUGUACAUGCAAUAAAUGCCACAAUAAUACUCACGAUAUCUGCUUUUAUGUACCAUUUUGUACGAUUUUCGUAGCUUUAGGCGUCAUUCAAAUCGUUUCGGGCAUUUUUUACUUCCUCACCAUUCCAGUCAUCAAACUCAUUUUCAAUGUCGCAAUUGGCUGUUGGGCUAUUUUGUGUGGAAUAUCUGGUAGCAUGGUAGCAUGUGUAUGCCCAUCAACGCCUAGAAAACAUGAAUUCCUACUGUAUUGCUCGCUGUCCAUUUUGAUUUUAAACAUCGUUAAUUUGAUUUUAUUGGAAAUCGGACAAGUUCGUGAAAUUUUUAAUGAACAUUUACAGAAGGCGCUUAGCAAAGAAUACCAUUUGCUCGAAUCGGAAAAUGGUCGAUUCAUUACAACCUAUACAGCAAUAUUAUUGAUAUUAGUAACAUUUCUUGAAGUGCAAAUUAACUUUUGCUACUUAAGCCGAAGCCAAAUGAAGUAUAAGAAGGAAAAGAAUUCACGAAAGUCUCGCCGACCACAGCAGUAUAUCGAUACCGAUCAAAAUGCUGAUUUGGAAUAUGUUAUUCCCAAAAAAGUUGAGACGAAUGGCAGUAGGAAACCAUCGAUGGAUACAACUGUUCAGGUGUAUGCAAAAUCAUGGGUUUUCGAAGGAACUGGCGAAGAGGCAUAUCAACCAGGUGAUUCACCUUCAAUUUGCUCAUCAAACUCCCCAACGCGAGCAGGUGCUUCGACUAGUAAAAAUGAAAAUAAGAAAAAUGGUCAUUCGAGCAAAUUAUCGGAUGCAACUAGCGAACGUUUCAAUACACAAAUGAGUAGUUUUUCGCGAUGCGCCACACCAUCACCAAUUCCAAAUAGCGGACAAGCAACACCAACCAAUGCCAUUUAUGCGGACUAUUUAAACCCGAAUCAUAAUGCACGUCCGCAUAAGACGGUGAACCAUUUGAGAGUGGAUUACAUUCAGACAGAGGACUUAUUGAUUGGCGCAACGGUUGUCACACCCACCUUAGUUGCGACAAGUUCAAGCGUUGCAACACCAAAAUAUACCACCAAAACACAAAUCCAACAAAACAGUAAUGGACCAUCAAGCAUAUCCAGUCAACAAGAUGAUAGUCAAUAUGCGUCGAUGUUGGUCGAACUCGAACAAUCGUUGAUCGAGAAAAAAAUUCAAGCGACAAAUAAUAAUAAUAAUAAUAAUAUGAACAAUAUGUCACCGGAUGAUACAAGCCUUACUGCUUCCACCGACAAAUUUGGCUCAUCGAAAUCAUCGUCAAAGGAUGGUUUCUCAAGAGAGCUAUCGGCAGCUUUGCAAUUAAUCCAAGACCUGGAAACACCAUCGGAAGGAGUGGAUGGUAAUGAUGGUGGCACACAUUUAUCGGCUACCGUUGCAAAAGUGGCACGAUCAGAGAGUGAGAAAACAUUGAGCGCAGCUAUAUCAUCACUACCAUCACCCGAACAACCACCGUACAAACAACAAACGCCCGAGGCUCAAACACCACAAAAUGGUAAGCAAGACAUGCAACAUGUCAUUGAACCAAGUUCACAAAGUACGUCUGGCUACAGUUCACCGAAUUCAUUUUCAUCGAAUGUGCGUUUAUCGCACGCAAGUAGUGGCAUUAGCAAUAACAUUCAUGAGUAUAGCGGUGAUCAAUCGAAUGUGGUGCGAAUUUACAUCGAACAAAAUAGUCCAUGCACCACACCAACGCCAUCUUCAACAAUCUAUGACGACCAAAUCCAGUCAAAUCUCACAAAAGAUCUGAUCGGAAAUGAAACAAGUCGAAUCAAAAUGAUUGCCAAUGAGAGGCAAUCAACUGAUGAUUCAUUAAAUAAACCUUAUAUUUUAUUUAAGAAACGCUCAAAAUUAAUGCCACAUUCUGAUUUUCAAAAUCGCAUUUUUAAAUCGGAAUGCUUGGCUUAUUUGAGCGACGAAGAACUGGUGGCUCGACACAAGUGCAAUCGAGAUGUUAUUCGGAAAAUUGAACAAAGCGUUGCACAAAAGAUCAGAGGGAGCCCUCGAUACAGUGAAUAUACUUAAACACAAAUCAUUAUCAUCGUAUAAUAACGAUAUCACCAAAUACAACUUUUAAUUUCCGCUACAUAUAAACAUAUAUUCAUAAAUAUUGAUGUAAAACCACAACUAUAAAAUGUUUGAAAUGUCAAUGGAAACAUGAAAUAAAUUACAAAUCAGAACAAAUAUUUCGCUUAUAAGUAGUCAAUUUUGCCAAUUAAAAAGAAUGAAUUGAAUUAAAAGAAAAAAAAAAAGAAAUUUAUUUUCGUUGAAAUUUGUUUUUCGAUUCUUAUAAAUUUAUUAAAGUGUUGU